UAAUUUUUCAUUAAAAAACGUCAAGAAAUACAAAUGCUUGUCCUCUUUGUAGUUCAGUGAUCAGUCCAUAUUCCCAUUUUUUCUCGCGUUAGUAGAUCGCCGAUGAAGUGUCCAUAUUGUUUGGCGGCGCAAGGUCGGUGCGCUACCACGACCACUGGCCGGUCCAUAACAGAGUGCUCCUCGUGCGGUCGAGUCGUCGAAGAGCGCCAAUUCCAAAACCACCACCUCUUCCACGUGCGUGCUCAAGAUACACCUCUCUGCCUCGUCACCUCCGACAUCCCCGCUCCGGCUUCCGCCUACCAAGUCAACGAAGAGGACCCGUUUGAGCCCACGGGCUUUAUAACGGCCUUUUCCACAUGGUCCCUCGAGCCCAACCCGCUCUUCCUCCGCUCCUCUCUCUCCUUCUCCGGCCACCUUGCGGAGCUUGAGCGGACUCUAGAGCUUUCUUCGUCUUCAACUCCGUCGUCAACGUCGUCGUCGACGGUUGUGAUGGAUAAUUUGAGGGCAUAUAUGCAGAUUAUCGACGUGGCGUCGAUUUUAGGGUUGGAUUGCGACAUAUCGGAUCACGCGUUUCAAUUUUUUAGGGAUUGUUGUUCGGCUACCUGUUUGAGGAACCGGAGCGUUGAGGCGCUUGCUACUGCUGCUCUUGUUCAGGCCAUUAGGGAAGCUCAAGAGCCCCGAACCCUGCAGGAAAUCUCUAUUGCUGCCAAUGUACCACAGAAAGAGAUUGGCAAGUACAUCAAGAUACUGGGAGAAGCUUUACAAUUAAGUCAGCCCAUCAAUAGUAAUUCUAUAUCAGUCCAUAUGCCAAGAUUUUGCACUCUCCUCCAGCUCAACAAAUCUGCACAGGAGCUGGCAACUCAUAUUGGAGAAGUUGUGAUCAACAAAUGCUUCUGCACUCGUAGGAAUCCAAUCAGCAUCUCCGCAGCUGCUAUAUAUCUGGCAUGCCAAUUAGAAGACAAACGCAAAACUCAGGCUGAGAUAUGUAAGGUGACAGGUCUCACAGAGGUCACUCUCCGAAAAGUCUACAAAGAGUUAUUAGAGAAUUGGGAUGAUCUACUUCCAUCUAAUUAUACCCCGGCUGUCCCUCCAGAGAAAGCAUUUCCCACAACUGCAAUUGCCACGGGCCGAUCUUCGGUGCCUCGAGUUGAUCCAAUUGACAUGACUUCUUCAUUGGACAGAGAUAAGCAACAAGAUUCCAAGUCCAAUAAGGCUGAUGAAACGGCAGAACCAGGCCUUCAACUUCAAGCUAGAGGCAAAGAUGAUGCAGAAAGCAACUGCAAUUCUUCUGGAAUUCAUACUACUAUGUUGAACUGGCCACCACAGUUCAGGCAACCCUGGCUUCAGUUUGCGUCACCUGGUGUUAGGACAGCAGGAGAUAAAAACCAAACCAUCAUUCGAGGAGACGUUAACGAGCCACAACCAACCUGUCCAAAGUUAGAGCAGAAAGAAGAUACAUCGAAGAUCGAUUCCAAGGGUGCUAGUAGUUCUCUAAGGCCAAGCCAGUUCUCAAACACUCCAGCUUCAAAUUUGAGUACAAUCACUUGGCCAUUUCGUUCACCAGCCUCAUCAGGGCCUUCUCCAAACAUGCCAAUUGUGCAUCCACCAAAGUUACCACCAGGUUAUGCAGAACUUAAAGGUCCCGGCAGUCAAAAUGGAAGUAAAAACACCAAUCCGAAUGGAGACUCCUAGUGAAACAGGUCCUGCCCUCUGCCAUAAAUUGUUAUGGAACAUCAUUUAAUGUAGUGUAAGGUUGCAUUUGUUCUGCAUGAUCAUGCUUGUGCUAGAAUUCAUGAUUUUUCUGCGAGGCAAAUGAAGGAAUGGAAUUCAAAUUUAUGUCUUUCUUUUUCUGAACAAACCCUGUUUUUUGUUUUUUUUUUUUUCUCAAAGAAUUUAUUUUCCAUUUUUUACAAUAAAUUUAUGUCUCUUUUUCUUUGAACUUUUUUGGGUUUGAAAAAACCAGGGCUGGUCCGUGAUUCGUCAGGCGUGACUGUCUGUAUUUUUCGAACCAUCAAAUCCCUCCUAAUGCUUAGCGAAUCCAGCUGUCUAUAACCAGCGUGGCACGUCCGCAAUUUCUUUGAACUUGGUAGGCAUUCUUUUAAUCUUCCCGAUAUUUACGCGCAAAUUGGCGUGUCAAACAUGGCGAGGUCCUCUGCCCGAACUCAUUCUCUCUCAUCUACCCAGAUCCUUCUUGAAAACAAACACACUUACCUCCAAUCUUCACCGUUCAUUUAUCCACGUCAUCGAUCCGUCUCUUCCUCUAUCCAACGGUUCACGUCCCUCCAAUAAUUCACAAAACCACCUCCCCCGCUCCCUUGAACAAAACCGCACCCUUAACCCUAGCCACGGACCACGAGCCGCUCACCUUUUCUCUUGGAGGUUCAUCCCGAGUCGCCCUAACCAAUAAGAAACAAAGAAAAUAAAAAGAAAAAAAGAAAAAAA